GUCGCAUUAAUAGUAGUGGGGAAACAGGAUAGAAGGCGGGCCUCUCAUAGUUUACGUCGUUCCCGUGUGACACGCGGACGUUCGCGUUUGUGACUCCCAAGUGUUCCGGAUUGUGACCCCCCAUCCCCAUACAUAAACAGAAGACACGAUGGUAGCUGACGAUGGAGUUGAGGGUGGAGAGACGGUGCGUCUGCAGCAGGUGUCUGAUGGUGGCAACCCAUCACCACUGCCAGCCAAAGAUGAUGCUGAGAAUGACUACGAUCCACAUUUACACCGGGACCUCUCCAAUCCAACGAACAACAUGGAGACCCUGGUCCACCUGCUCAAGUGCAGCCUUGGUACGGGGAUCCUGGCGAUGCCACAGGCCUUCCACCGAUCGGGGCUGGUGACAGGCAUCAUCGGUACCAUCCUCAUUGGGAUACUGAUCACGCACUGCUUGCAUGUCCUGAUCCGAGCCCAGUACGCCACCUGCAAGCACCAGAGAGUGCCCCUCCUGUCCUACACGGCGUCUGUGUCCGCCGCCCUUGCCAUGGGUCCGCCUACCGUCCGCAAAUGGACACGCUGCAUGUCCCUCUGCGUGGACGUGUUCCUUGUAGUCUACCAGCUCGGCAUCUGCUGUGUGUACAUUGUGUUCAUCGCAGACAAUAUUAAAAAGAUCGUAGAUCCCUACUACGUGAUGGCUGUGGAGGUCCACAUGCUGAUCAUCCUGGGUCCACUGAUAGCGUUCAACUUGAUACCAAGUCUAAAGAUCCUGGCUCCGUUCUCCGCUUUGGCCAACGUCUUGACGCUAAUUGGUAUUGCCAUCAUCAUCUACUUCCUGCUGUCAGGGAAGAAGUCAGAGGAACCUCUCGACUUGUGGGGAUCGUAUGCGAACUACCCACUUUUCUUCGGAACUACACUCUUCGCUUUGACGGCUGUUGGUGUGGUAGUAGCGGUAGAGAACAACAUGAAGACACCGAAAGCGUUCGGCAAGCCGUGCGGUGUCCUCAACACGGCUAUGACGAUCAUCGUGGCGUUAUACAUAUCAGUUGGUGCGAUCGGCUACGUGUUCUGCACGUCGACGUGUAGUGACUCCAUUACGCUGGAUCUGCCUAAGGAUAGCCCUCUAGCAGUAACGGUGAUAGUGAUGAUGGCGGUGGCCAUCUUUAUCAGUUACGGUCUCCAAUGCUAUGUGCCGGUCGAGGUGCUGUGGAAGAACUACCUGCUGCCACGACUUGAGGACGCGUCGCCGAAACGCAAGCGCAUCUGGGAGUACGGCCUGCGUAUUGUGCUGUGCUUGCUGACCUUUAUAUUGGCCGUGUCGGUGCCUCGGCUGGGUCUCUUCAUAUCCCUGUUCGGAGCCCUCUGCCUCUCCGCUUUGGGCAUCUGUUUCCCUGUCAUGAUGGACGUGUUCACCAUCUACACCAAACCAGACAGCGCCAGAAAGCGGUUCAUAUACAUCAAGAGCAUUAUACUCUUCUUCAUUGGACUCAUUGGGCUUGUGGCGGGAACGUAUACAGCGUUACGAAGCAUAAUAUUGUCCUUUCAACCGCAAGCUGUUGCAGCUAUCGCCAACGCCACAGCAGACGUGCCCGAGUGACGACAUUAGCUGUGUUCCUAAGUGCCUUGCGUGAAGGUUCGUGCUUUAUAGGCUUGUCUAUUUAUUUGAAUGUCAUAUGUAUGAAUUAGUAAAUUGUAUAAAUAAAUGUGAUUUUAUCUU